AGUUGCAGUAAAUAUAAAGAAAACGUCAGUUCUUCCCUGCCUCCUGUUCCCUUUUAUCAUUUUCCCACUUGGUUAAAGAGGAGGGCAAAGAUCAAAUACUAGUGGGUCUUUUGGAGGAGGGCGAAGUGUCGAAUAGACGAUGAUGAUGAGGGUGUUCGAGGACGAGCUGUUCCCGUCGACGCCGGGGAAGGUGAAGAUAGAGCGGACCCAUGCGGCGAACAGGCAGCUCCACCGCUGCUUCGCCUCUACGAGCACUCUCUUCCUGUGGGCGCUCCUCCUUAUCGCCCUCACUGCCUCCUACCUCAGCUUCCAGAGCUUCGUCGACACCUCCUCCCGCUACUUCACCGCCUCCUGGGGCGGCCUACACUGGGAGCGCCAGAUCCGCGCCUCCGCGGCCGUUCGCCGCGAAGAUGGGAUCGCCGUUCUCGUCACCGGCGCCGCGGGGUUCGUCGGUACGCACGUGUCCCUCGCCCUACGGCGGCGCGGCGACGGAGUGGUCGGCCUCGAUAACUUUAACGCCUAUUAUGAUCCUUCCCUCAAGAAGGCCCGUAAGGCGCUGCUCGCCUCCCACGGGGUGUUCGUCGUGGAGGGCGACGUCAACGAUGCCCGCCUCCUGGCCAAGCUGUUCGACACGGUGCCCUUCACCCACGUGAUGCACCUCGCCGCCCAAGCCGGCGUCCGCUACGCCAUCGAGAACCCGGCCUCCUACGUCCACAGCAACGUCGCCGGCCUCGUCACCCUCUUGGAAGCUUGCAAGUCCGCUGAUCCCCAGCCCUCCGUCGUGUGGGCCUCCUCCUCCUCUGUCUACGGCCUCAAUGACAAGGUCCCCUUCUCGGAGUUGGACGGCACCGACCGCCCAGCCUCCCUAUACGCCGCCACCAAGAAGGCCGGUGAGGAGAUCACCCAUUGUUAUAACCACAUUUACGGCCUCUCCAUCACUGGGCUUCGCUUCUUCACCGUCUACGGGCCCUGGGGCCGCCCGGACAUGGCCUACUUCUCCUUCACUCGCAAUAUCCUCCAAGGGAAGCCCAUCACAGUCUUCCGUGGCCGUGACGGCACCGAUCUCGCCCGCGAUUUCACCUACAUCGACGACGUCGUCAAGGGGUGCGUAGCGGCGCUGGACACGGCGGAGGCGAGCACAGGCAGCGGCGGCCGGAAGCGGAGUCCGGCGCAGUACCGGAUCUUUAACCUGGGGAACACAUCGCCGGUGACGGUGCCGGCGUUGGUGGGGAUCCUCGAGCGGCACCUCAAGGUGAAGGCGAAGAAGAACGUGGCGGAGAUGCCGGGCAACGGGGAUGUGCCCUUCACGCACGCCAACAUCAGCUUGGCGCGCGCCGAGCUCGGCUACAAGCCGACCACAAAUCUAGAGACCGGGCUCAAGAAAUUUGUGAAGUGGUACCUUUCUUACUACGGAUACAGCCGAAGAGUAGGAAACAAGAGCUAGAUCUUGUAAAAUAAAAAUCAUUGUUCCUAUUCUUUGAUACAAUUUCAAUAAAUGCUUUUCUAUUUCUUAA